CCAGCACGCUUAAUCCCCCAAGGGAACUGGCAACGUCCCGUCCGACCGUUUUCUGGCUUCCGUACAUCUACAUCUCACUGGACCAUACCGCCGUCCCUGCAUCGCGACCGAAUUCCCAUCUCGGCAGGAGCCGCCGCACUGCUUCCCGUCACGCCAUGUUCGGCCCCUUUCGCAUCACCUCUCCGCUCUCAGGCGGCCUCCUCUGGAAGAUCCCCUGGCGGUUGUCGAAGUUCCAAAAGAGGCGGCAGCGGCAACGUCUCCGUGCCGUGGACUCGGUCGUCGCGACGGUGGAUGCGGCACUCGCGAAGAAGGGUGUGACAGUCGCGGCCGUAGAGCAUUGGAAGAAGGAGAUGCCCACCGAGGCGGAGAUGCUGCCGCGCGACAAAUACACCAUGUUUGACCGGAAGGAGAAGAGGUACAGGAAAGGAAUCCACAAGCUACCGAAAUGGACGAGGGUUUCUCAAAGACUCAAUCCACCGGGUUAUUAAGCGGCUUUCCGGCUCUAAACAACGUGAAUACGACGAUCGUUGCUUCUAUGCUGGGUCCUGUGUCGGAGAGUUCUUUACUCGGAUGGAUGCCCUGCGAGGCUUACGACUCUCGGGGAUACGGAGACUCAGCUCGGAUACAUAUCUGAUAUAAACUCGACAGCUACAGUGUGUUGUUUUUAAGCGACUUGCAACAGCAAUCGCAGUCUUGGUCUGGACAGAGAACGGGCGUGGGGAAGCAUGGGCGGGAACUGCUAUUGUACAAUACCAUGUAAAGGGUGAGAAUACAUACCCCGGGUCUUAAAUGCAACGCAUCUCAACUGGUCGAAAGGAGAAAACAUCUGCCCU